AUGUCGUCGGCCCCACAGAACGCACCGAAAAAGAUCAGGAUUACGGUCGUUGCUGCCGACGGUCUGUCCAAGCGCGAAGUUUUUCGCCUUCCCGAUCCUUUCGCUGUUAUCACUGUGGAUGCAGAGCAGACACACACCACCAGUGUUAUCAAGAAGACUUUGAACCCUUACUGGAAUGAGAGUUUCGAUAUCACCGUGAAAGACUCGUCUGUAAUCGCCGUUCAGAUAUUCGAUCAACGCAAGUUCAAGAAGCGGGAUCAAGGAUUCCUCGGUGUCGUCAAUGUUCGAGUCAGCGAUGUCAUUGACCUUGAACUCGGUGGACACGAAAUGCUCACCUUGGACUUGAAGAGGUCCAACGACAACCUGGUCGUUCACGGCAAGUUAAUAAUUUAUUUGUCGACCAACGUCAGCCAGCCCAUCAGCAACCCUGGUCCCUCCCAAGUGAGCGGCGUUACCGACGCUCUUUCCGGUCUUGCGAUCAACAACAGCAGCGUUUCGCCAGCGGCAAGCAGCAACAACCUUACCGUCGGUAGCUCACUCUCUCGUACCUCCAGCGCUCAAGCUGCAGGACCAGAUAAUGCGAGCACACACAUUUCCAUGCCCACGCCCAGUGUUGCCCCCGCACCGGCGGAACCAGAGCAGCCAGCAACGCAGUCGCAGAUUCCCGCUGCGACUCGGCCCUCGAGCAUCGGCGGGGCGGCUGCCGCCGCAACAGGCGCUGUGCAACCAGUGGCUCAGGUCGCGAAUGCUGCCGCUACGGCGCAGACGGCGUCCAACAACAACGCUCAGAUGCGGAACUUCAAUCCUCACGAGGACCAGUUUGGUCCACUGCCGCCUGGCUGGGAGCGCCGAAUCGAUCCCCUUGGGCGUACAUAUUACGUCGACCAUAACACUCGCAGUACCACUUGGAACAGACCAUCCGCGAGCCAGACUGUCAAUACCCACGCCCAAGACGGGGAGACUAACGCUGCGCGUGAUCAACACAACAGACGUAUCUUGGUAGACGACAUGCUUGAGGCCGGUAACGUCGCUCGCAAUGGCUCAGCCACUGCCCAUAGCAAUACCGCUGCUGCUGCAAUCGCCGCGAGCAACAAUCUGACAACGUCGGGCGCAGGCCCUCUCCCUGCUGGCUGGGAGGAGCGAUAUACCCCAGAAGGCCGCCCAUACUAUGUCGACCAUAAUACACGGACAACGACAUGGGUCGAUCCUCGUCGCCAGACCAUUAUCCGUGUGAUGGGUCCCAACGGUCAGAACUCUGCCCUCCAGCCGCAGACCAUCUCCCAAUUGGGGCCCUUGCCCUCCGGAUGGGAGAUGCGUCUCACGUCUACGGCUCGUGUGUACUUUGUGGAUCACAACACGAAGACUACCACGUGGGACGAUCCCCGCCUGCCGUCGACACUGGAUGCCAAUGUGCCGCAGUACAAGCGCGACUUCCGUCGGAAGCUCAUCUACUUCCGAAGCCAGCCCGCUAUGCGUGCGCAGCCGGGCAAUUGCCAGAUCAAAGUCAGGCGUAACCACAUCUUCGAGGACAGUUACGCCGAGAUUAUGAGGCAGACACCUAGUGACCUCAAGAAGCGGCUGAUGAUUAAGUUCGAUGGGGAGGACGGUUUGGAUUACGGUGGUUUGUCCAGAGAAUUCUUCUUCCUGUUAUCGCACGAGAUGUUCAACCCCUUCUACUGUCUGUUCGAGUAUUCGGCGCACGACAAUUACACUCUCCAGAUCAACCCUGCAUCAGGCGUGAACCCAGAGCACUUGAACUACUUCAAGUUUAUUGGACGAUGCUUGGGUCUUGGUAUCUUCCAUCGUCGUUUCCUGGAUGCGUACUUCAUCACCGCGUUCUACAAGAUGAUUCUCAAGAAGAAGGUGACGCUUGCGGAUCUCGAGAGCGUUGAUGCAGAGCUCCAUCGCGGCUUGACGUGGAUGCUGCAGAACGAUAUCACCGACGUUAUUGACGAGACGUUCACCACCACCGAGGAACGAUUCGGCGAGAUGGUCACUGUCGAGCUCAGGCCGGGUGGUGCGGACGUCCCUGUCACCGAGGAGAACAAGAAAGAAUACGUCAAUUGCGUUGUGGAGUACCGUAUCUCCAAGCGCGUGAAGGAGCAGUUUGACGCAUUUAUGUCUGGCUUCAGUGAGCUCAUCCCGCAGGAUCUCAUCAACGUCUUCGAUGAGCGCGAGUUGGAGCUCCUUAUCGGCGGUAUGUCCGAGAUCGAUGUUGACGACUGGAGCAAGUUCACGGACUACCGCGGGUACGAGGUCAGCGACGAGGUCGUGCAGUGGUUCUGGCAGUGCGUGCGGAGCUGGCCGCCGGAGCGCAAGUCCCGUCUGCUGCAGUUCGCUACGGGCACGUCCCGUAUACCGGUAAAUGGCUUCAAGGAUUUGCAGGGUUCCGAUGGUCCACGUCGGUUCACGAUUGAGAAAUCUGGCGAUCCGAGCCAAUUGCCCAAGAGCCAUACUUGCUUCAAUCGUAUUGAUCUGCCGCCUUACAAGACUUACAACACGUUAGAGCAGAAACUCACUCUUGCCGUCGAGGAAACGGUCGGCUUUGGCCAGGAGUAG